AUGAUUGUUUGUCUGGCCAGCCUAAUUCCCUGCCCACUAUACCUUUUGCUUAAUCCAUACUACGCUAAUUAUUACUCAAAUGAUUCGUCUACAAUACUUUUUAUAAUAAUAUUUUCAUGUAUUAACACAACUGUGCUUCAAUGUGCAGAAGAAAUUAUUUUGUUAGCUAUAUCCACAGAAUUUAGACAAUUGGUCAAAUGCCAAUUCGUCAAGGCCAAGUUUCAAACUAAAGUUGUUCCGGCUGUGGUUGUUGUUUCAGAAACAAUUUUAGUCCAACAGAAACAAUUACAAAAGAAUAAAUUGAAUUUAAAAGAUAUUUAA